AUGAAGAGAGGGGCGGUAACUCCUGAGUAUCAUGAUAGGGAAAUCAGAUCUCCUGUGUCCGGAAAAUCCUUUUUAUCCGGUGGAAGUGAUCUGGAUCUCGUCCAAAGGAGCCUUCGAGACAAGGGCGGAUGUCGGAGAUUGGUGGAACACUGGAGAAUGAUUCUAGUCAUCAUCAUCCCUAUCGUCGCUAUGAUCGUCUUCUCCACCUUUAAUCUGAGUAAUGCUAUUCAGCUGGUGACGGACACAGAUGCUGCUAUAUCACAAAUAAACUCCGCUCAGCUGUUCGCCAAUUUCAUUCAGAUGCUUCAAAGAGAAAGGGGAAGGUCUGCCACUUUUCUGACAGUGAAUGGAAACACGUCAGAGGCUCAGAGAUUACUCCAGGAAGCACAGGAAGACACCGACGUCGGCUUACAAAACACACCCUUUGGAGAUAGAAUGUUUUCUAUACAAAAUAUAAAGUAUAACAAAGAAGAUAUAAUCUCCAGCAUCAAAGAAACAAGAAAUAAAAUUUUGAACACCAAUGUAUCGGUCAUCGGCGUAUUAGAAUUCUAUACAGAUAUAAAUAACGCCCUGAUGGAUAAAAUGCUUGUGGGUGUGCAAAUUCCCGAAGGAAAGCAUCUUUACGCCAAGUUGUUUGUGUUAGUGGCACUUCUACGUCACAUUGACCUUAUUGGCCUUCAGAGAGCUAGAAUAGCCUAUCUUUUCACAGUAUGUGGAUUCACGAACCACGAGUUCCAGAUGUACCGUUACACCGAAGGUAAGGCAAAAUCGUACUUAGAUAUUGUGGUUACCCACGAUCCAAGCAUUGCUAACACAUAUGCAGAAAACGAUUUUAACACAGAAAGAUAUCUUCAAGAAGUAAGCUUGAAACUGUGGGCCAAUAAUACAUACGAUUGUCAAACCCAGACUCAGGAGGAAAGAUUCGCUAUGAGUGUGGAAUGGUUUAGGAACAUGACAAUAAUUAUAGACUUCUCCUUUGUCAUCCAUCAAAAUUCAUCUCGUCAACUAAAGGAAAAUCUUUCAGAGAUCCGAAAUGAGGCUCAAUUCAGUUUUGCAUUAUUUAUUUCCCUGCAGGUGCUUGUAGCAUUAGCAAGCUUUACAUUACUGGUUUGGUACAUAUCAUGUGUUAACAAAAUGACGUUACGAAUGGCUAAGUACGCUAAUGACAUCAAAUUGAAAACGAAAGAAUUAGCUGAAGAAAAGAGACUUACUGAGAAACUCCUCUAUCGCAUGCUACCGAGGAAAAUUGCAAUGCAGUUGAAAUCAAAGGGGUUCGUGCCAGCUGAAGAGUUUUCUCAAGCGUCUGUCUAUUUCAGUGACAUUGUCGAUUUCACUUCACUGUGCAGUAGAAGCACUCCUUUGCAGGUUAUAGACUUACUUAAUGAUAUAUAUUCACUGUUUGAUAACUGUAUAGAAAAGUAUGAUGUAUACAAAGUUGAGACGAUUGGGGAUGCCUACAUGGUAACAAGCGGAAUUCCUGUCUCAAAUGGACAUGCGCAUGCGCUCCAUAUCUGUAACAUGGCACUGGACAUCCGGGACAGCAUGACUAACUUCCAGUCCCCUGUUCACUCAUCUGAAGUUAUCCAAAUACGCAUUGGAAUACAUUCAGGGCCCUGUGUGGCGGGGGUAGUUGGGAAGAAGAUGCCUCGAUACUGUUUGUUCGGGGACACCGUCAACACAGCCUCUAGAAUGGAGUCAACAAGUCAAGGAGGAAGAAUACAAAUGAGCUCCUCCACCUGUGAAAUAAUAAGUAAAUAUGAUUAUUUCCAAUAUACAACGAGAGGAUUUAUCAAAAUCAAGGGUAAAGGAGACAUGAUGACGUAUUGGCUCGAAGCAUCGAAACAAAAGCCCUCUGUUCGAAUGAUGUGUUAAUAACUUAUUAGUUUUCAUUGUAAUUAAUAUUUUCUUAUCAAUCAUGACUGAAACUUUUUUUAUACCUGAACUUAUACAUAAACCAUUAGUUCUAUUUUUGCAUUUAAAAAAAUAGAAAUCUUGUACCUGUAUGUUUUCUCUUUCCAAAGUCAUACUGCACGUUCAUUUACUUUGAUGAUACAUACUUGUAUUUGAUGCAUA